UAGUUUUGAUCGAGAGGUUGUGGAGUGCGGUAUAUGAAAGUACUCUCUCCGAUUGUGAGUCGUUUCAACUGAAGUCACGCAUCCACUAGCUUCAUUUUAUCCAAUUCUGAACUGCGAGGAAGAGCUUAUCAAGAUUUCGUUCAACAAAGAUAUUGUCCAAGAGGGAGCCAUCCAGCAUGCUGGUGGACCACUUGGCAAUGGAAGAGACACAGCAAACUAUGUUGUCCCGACCAGGUCGCAAGAGGCGUGCACGGGUGAGCGACAUUUCCGGCGCGGUGGAGCGUACCAAAGCGCCGCGGCGUCAGCCAGUGCCGCCGGCGCAGCGUAUUACCAAGCCCGAGCCCGACGAGGACUCGGGCCUUGGUUUUGACGACCCUCACGAGGCGACGGCGCGCGCUGCGGACACGGCGCACCUGCUCCGAGCCGGCCUGGUCGGAUCGGUACGGAAGGUAACCAAGAGGGAGGAUGCCGCCGCCCGAGACUCGUGCUUCGUCCGGGACGCCCGCUCAGCGUCGGCCGCUCAGCCCCCUGCAGGUUUUCUCAAGGGCGUCAACCCCGUCUCCAAGUGUGGCAAGUACCGUCUGUCGCUGGCCCGCGAGCCGGAGACGCGUCACCGGGCCCGGUACCAGACCGAGGGCAGCCGCGGAGCCGUCAAAGACUCCACCGGCAAAACGUCGCCGCAGGUCGUGUUGCACGGCUACACUCAGCCGGUGGCGCUGCAGAUGUAUGUGGGCUCGGACGCCGACGGCUGCAGCCCGCACCUCUUCUACCAGUCGUGUCGGGUCACCGGUAAAACGGCCAGUCCCAGUGACGAGCUGAACCUCAGUGGCACCGUGGUGAUCCAGACCACGAUGACGCCAGAUAAGGGAGGCGACAGCGUCAGUGCGCGCUGCGACUGUCUUGGUAUCCUGAAGCAGCGUAACGUCGACAUCGAGUCGCGUGUGGCGGCGGCCGGCGGCGCGGCGGCGGCAAACGCGGUGGCCGCCGGCGGCCGGCGCCCCACGGUCAGGAAGGGAGCGCGAACCACCAGCUGCAGGCUCGUGUUCCGGGUGACGGUGCUGAAUGGACACGGACGCGUCGAGACGCUACAGAUCGCCUCCCGGUCCAUCGUCUGCACUCAGCCACAGGGUGUUCCCGAGGUCACCAAGCUGUCCAUCACCGAGGCCUCCCCGGUCGGCGGCCAGGAGCUGAUCGUGCUCGGGAAGAACUUCGUCAAGGACUCGCGCGUGGUGUUUACAGAGACGUCCGACAGCGGCGCCACUGUCUGGCACCAGACGGUCACGCCGCACAAGGACCAUUUGCAAGCGGUUCAUCUGGUUUGCGAGGUGCCCGCCUACUGGGACAGCCGACCCUCUGCGCCGCGCGCCAUCUCUCUGACCGUCCGCUCCGGUGACCGCGAGUCGGACGGUGUGCCGUUCUGGUACACGGCCGCCAGCGCGGCCGGCUCGUCUGGCGUCUGCUCGGCAGCCGGCUCGGUGGCAGACAGUGCCGAGCUGACCUCCACACCUGACCGAGCCGAGACCGGCGGCAAGCAGCUGCCCAACGGCGUGUCGCAAGCUGCCAUCGCGAUAAACCGAUACUUUGCGGAGACUGGCGAGAUCCUGCUGGGAGCCGGAGUUCAGCCGUCAGAGCCGGCCAUCAAGACGUCGUCAUCGGCGCGCGCGGAACUCGCAGACCCCGCUGCUGUCUCAGUGGCCGUGCAGCAGCCGGCGGCGCUGGAGCCGCGGACGGACAAGGUGCCGGCCAUGCAGCUGGUGCCGGUGGCCCCGGACGUCGGGUGCUCGCCGAGCAUGUUCGUCACGGUGGCCCUGACUCAGAACGCGGCCGGCCCGGCGCCGCUGAUCCAGGAGGUGACCGCCGCGGCGGGGGCUGACUGGACGAGCCGACAGGAACAGAGCGUACCCGUGACACAGGAGGUGGCUACUCCGACCGGCUGGGCCGCGCAGCAGCAGCAGCAGCAGCAGCAACAGCAACAGCAGCAGCAACAACAACAACAGCAGCAGCAGCAAAAGGUCCAGCAACAACAGCGACAACUUCAACAGCAAGUUCAGCAGCAGCAGCAGCAGCAGCAGCAGCAGCAGCAACAGCAACAGGCUCAACAGCAGCAGCAGCAGCAGCGGGCGGCUGACGCGGCGGAGGCUGACCAGUGGAGCCCUGCCACGCGCACUGACGUCUCCUCACAGGCCGUCUGGCCGUCAGCGGCGUCCCAGGCGGACUCGUCACAGGUUGCCGCCACCUGGCCCCCGCAGUCGCUAACGGAGACCCGCGCUGCCACCGGACAGGAGGCGUGGUCCCCGACCACAGCCCCCGGCUCGGCAGAGACCACCGGCUGGCCGUCACCGCAGCCCGAGGCGCCGGCCUCGCAGGCCGCCUGGUCCCCGCCGACCACCGAGACCGCCUGGAGCUCUCCCAAGACGGAGACGCCCGCCGCCAGCGGCUGGACGGCCAGCGUGUCGGCGUCGACGGACGGCGCCGCCGACAGUCUGUGGAAGCGCGAGGUGGCCACCAUCGUCUCCGAGUCGGUGGUGGUGCAGAAGUGGACGGCGGCCGAUGUGGUGGAGGCCGUGUCCCAGCACGGCUGGCCGGAAACGGUGGCCGCCCCGCCGCAGCCGGCCGCCGAGACGUGGCAGAUGGAGACCGAGACGGCUGUCACCACUGCCGCCGACACCGCUCCGUCCGCCUGGCACGGUCUGGAGCCGACUGCGCCGGCGGAGGGCGGGCGCAACUGGAACCCCGAGUCGGAGCCAACGACGGCGCGGGUGGGGUCCGACUGGACGGCCGUGACCACCGCCGGAGAGACGGCGAGUGGCGAGCAGUCCUGGUCCGUCCUGGCCGUGGACACCAAGACCAGCUGGGCGCAGAAGGAGGCCGCCCCGGCGCCGGCGCCGGUGCAGACCUGGACCGCAGCGGAGGUGGAGAAGACGUGGUCUGCCCCGCAGCAGCAGCAGCAUACACAGCACACACAGCCCCAGCCGCCGGCCGAGCAGCCGCCCCAGUGGACGCCGGCCGCCGAGGUGCCGACCUGGUCGCAGCAGCAGCUGGCGGACGUGCUCCAGGAGACGGUGGCCGCCUCGGAGCCGGCCCCUGCGCCCGCGCAGAGCCGGCGCAGUGACCCCAUGUGGGGCGAGGUGGCGUUCCCUGCCCCCAGCGCGGCGCCGGCCGAGGACCCGCUCAGUGAUCUGCCCAAGGGCAUGGGACUGAUCGACUACAUCAACGGAGACAGCGUUUAAGUAUCAACUCCGUUCCGGUGCCAACCUACCUGGCCAUCAAACCGACUGAGAAUUACAUACGUGACUGAGAACUGAACAGACUGGCGAGUCUGUGACUGAGAACUGAACAGACUGGCGAGUCUGACUGAACGGACCAGUCGGGACUGAGACUGAACUCACUGCUAUCCCCGACUGCGGGACGUGAACUGUCCACAGCGUUGGGUGUGACCGUCUGGCCGUCCGGGAGGUUCCCGCGGCCCUGACCCGAACUGCGGGUGAUGGACAGACCUGCGACCCCGGAGCAGCUCUGCUCUCGAGUGGACCCGCGGUGAUUGUGGUGUUUGUGAUUGACUAAGACGGCCCCGGGCCGCCGCUGGACGAGCUUGGAGUGAUCGCGCUCUGACCAUGUGGGUGAAGACGAGAAUGGCGGCAUUGCGCAGGCUGCGGAGUGGACAGUGACAGCGCGAUGGGAGCAGUGGACGUGGGGAGGAAGGACUCGUGGACUUUGAACAUUGACGGAGAAGGACUAGAGGAGGUGGAGUGAGACUAAACGUUGCGUCAGCACAGCAAUGGAGGGGCUUUCAAAACAGUUCUGUUCCCUUAUUUUUGUACAUACAGUGCCAUCCUGUAUAUAUCGUCUCGCAUGCAGUUACCUAAGCCAGGUAGUUGUCUUUUUGUACUGUACCGUUUCUGUAGAUGUCGUGUAGAAGGCCUCGGGCCGCACCUCUGUCCCUGUGUCCGGAGCCGGGCCCGGCGGCAGUCCCCGCGGCCGCCGCUGGCUCGACUGCCGCGCCAACCCGCUGUGGAAGCGUCUGCCGGUCGUGUUGUUGCCGUGAAUGUUGCGGGCUCUACGGGAGCGUUCAACUUCACGACUCUUGCCAGUGCUCGUGCUGUGUCAAGUUGUUGACGGAGCGGCCUCGAGGGGCCCUCGAGUCGCAGUCGCCCGUUUUCUCAGGCCGCUCGCUGUCAGAGUUUAACCCGCUGUCACGGCAGUUAGGUGUGGCGGAGCGUGCGUUUCCAGUGCUUUCGUUGUUUGGUGUUUGCUGUUCAACGCCCGAGGCCAGCGUUGUUAUGUAAACCAGACGCUGUUUAGGUGUUACAAAUAUCGGCCGACCGUCGGAUUUGAUUCUACGCUUGAGUGUACUGGUAUGUUGGAAGUAUUCCUGUUUAUUUUUGGUCGUUAUCAGGUGCCGAAAAGGGAGUGCAAUAUGUAUAAAUUGUACAAACCGGGAGACCGAGCGGGUGAGAGAGUGCUGUGCGACCUGUGGUGGUUAUAUUAGGCACCGCGCGUCUGUUCAGUGUAACCGUCGGCCUGCCUGUGGCUGUUUGUAGAGAAUUAGUGACCAUAUAUCGGGUGCCAAACGGGCCGACUGCGGCCCGCGCGGCGUCGCACUGUACAAAGGUGGUCGGACUGUGGGCCGGGGACGGCGGAGACCGCCCGCCCCGGCCGGAGCGGACGCCGGAGACUCCGGCGGCCGGCCGCCGCCCGUCUCCGGCACUAUCGAAUGUCAAUUCAGCGGCGAGUGGGUGGGCCGGGCCGGGCCGGGCCGUGUCGCCGGCCGGAGACGGUCCCCGGUGACACCGACACCCGACACCGGAGGCGGACCAAUACACGGACCACUCGGAGCA